CCCCCCCCCGCGGGUUUAAUCAAUAACGGACUGUGGAGCGACGCGGUCUCCGCGGGGCCGCGGCCCCUUUAAGCCGGUGCGGAAGUAAACCGACGCACCGACGGAAGGUCGGGACUUUAUCUGCGGCGGAAUCCCACCAGCACUCCGGCGUAACGGAUCAGCGGCAGCACCGAGCUCACUGACCGCGGUCACUGACGUCACUCCCGGGCCGUUGCUUUUUGUUGUUGACCUGACGUCACCCGAUGUCCGGGUCCAAGUGCGCGCGGCUGAGCGGCGCGCUCGUGAGAGACGUGCUGGACUCGGUGGACUGCGUCCUGUUCGACUGCGACGGGGUCAUCUGGCGGGGGGAGCAGGCCGUGCCCGGCGCCCCCCAGGUGGUGAACCUGCUCAAGGAGAAGGGGAAGAGGGUCUUCUUCGUCACCAACAACAGCACCAAGACGCGGAAGAUGUACGCGGAGAAGAUGAGCGCGCUGGGCCUCCGCGCCGCGGAGGACGAGGUGUUCAGCACGGCGUUCUGCUGCGCCGCCUACCUGCACGCGGUGUGCCGCCUGGAGGGGGGGAAGGUCUACCUGGUCGGCAGCGAGGCCAUGGCGCGGGAGCUGGAGGCGGUGGGCAUCCGGCAGACCGGCGUGGGACCCGACCACGUCUCCGGGAGGCCGAGCGACUGGGCCAACGUGCCCCUGGACCCCGACGUGAAGGCGGUGGUGGUCGGGUUCGACGAACAUUUCAGCUUCAUGAAGGUGAACCGGGCCAUGCAGUACCUGGCCCGGCCAGGCUGCCUGUUCGUGGGAACCAACCGGGACUCCAGGCUGCCCCUGGAGGAGGGCAAGGCCGUCCCAGGUACCGGUUGCCUGCUGGACGCCGUGGAGAUGGCGGCGCAGCGCCAGGCCCAGACGGUGGGCAAACCCAACCGCUUCAUGUUCGACUGCGUGGCCUCCAAGUUCGGCGUGGACCCCGGCCGCUGCCUGAUGGUGGGCGACCGCUUGGACACGGACAUCAUGCUGGGCUCCAACUGCGGCCUGAAGACCCUGCUCACGCUCACGGGGGUCAGCACUGUGGCGGACGCCGAGGCCCACCAGCGCAGCGGCUGCGCCGACAGGCAGGGGAUGGUGCCGGAUUAUUACGUGGAGAGCAUCGCCGACCUGCUUCCGGCUCUGCAGGGGUGAAACUCUACUGCUCCAACGUCUUCUUAAAGGGAAUAAAUAUAUAUUUUUGUCACAUUAAAAUAAUCAAUCGACUCUUUAACGAAGUCACAGCCGAUCAGCUAGAGACAAAGACUCCAUUAUUUAACUUAACCACCAUUAACCCGCUGAUUUAACAUGAUAAGUUAAUUUAUUAAUAAGAACAUACAAAUCAUUUAGUGUUUAAUUGUGUUUCUUUUGGGGAAGUGAGAACGUGCUUUAAGACGCAGACUGUGAUGCAAUCUCCUCUUAAGCAACGGCAGCAAGUCAAACUCAGGGACGGAAAUGAGCACAAUGGGUCAACACCAGUUUGGAUACGCGAGUGUGUGCCGGUCUACGGCUGUUUGAGUCUAUAGACGGAGGCCAAAGGUCUGUUUUAUGGAUGAUGUCACACCUUCGGUGUAAUAGAGAUUAAUGGAACAGCUUCAUCGGUCUCGUCUUUAUUCUCUGCUCCUCACUGUAAGCAAUGCUCAAUAAAAAAGACCCCGC